AGUGUCCCAACAUAAUGUGUCAUGUCGCGACAUAUCUGGGGCUGCGGGGGCAAAUGGUGACAAGAAUCAGUGCAACGGUUGCAACGACAUUCUAGUGCCACGGAUGGACAGCGAGUGACUGUUACACUCUGUUGGCUAGGGAGAGUCACAAAAGACUUCCCAAGCUGCGAUCCAAAUGAGAACGCCUUUUUUCGCCAGAUAUAGCAAUUACUGAAUGUCUAAAGGAUGUUCAUUAAACUAUUAUCUAACUUAGUUAAGAUGAUACCGAAUAGUGACCGAAACCUAACCGGGAAUGCAGAAAAUAAAGAAGAAUUUUAUAUAAAAAGUUUUAUGGGUAUGAAAAAUGUUAAUACAGAAGCUUCAGUGGUUGGCUUAGCUUCUUCUGGCUUACCUUCGGAUGGCUUGGCACCUUCUGGCUUACCUUCAGUUGGAGCUGGGCCUUGUGGCUUACCUUCAGUUGGAGCUGGACCUUCUGGCUUACCGUGUGGCUUACCUUCAGUUGGAGCUGGGCCUUCUGGCUUACCGGCUUCAUUGGAGCUGGACCUUCGGUGGAUGGCUUACCAGCUUCAGUGGUUGGCUUUUCACCCUCAGUGGUUGGCUUAGCACCCUCAGUGGUGGUAGAUGGCUUCUCACCUUCAGUGGAAGAUUCACCGUGAG